AUGUUCAGAUUUGCUCCCCGGAGGGCUGUCCACACUGUACCGAAGCUGGCGCAGCUUUCGGAGCUGCACGCGCAGGGGAUCCCCAAGGUGUUGAGCGCAGAGGGUUUCAGACGUUGCUGGACGGAACAACAGCAGUACCUGUGUGAGAAGCUCACGCUCGCCACAGCCGGCACGCCUCUAGAGUCAUACCUGCCCUUCCAUUUGGUGCUCAACACCGCGCAGAAGACGUUCAAAAGCAACGUGUUUAACCUAGCGUCGGCGGUGCACAACAACCACCUGUUCGUGGAGAACAUUCUGCCCGCGGAAGGCGCCGGGGCCAAGCCAUCCAUACAGCUGCUGCAGCGUAUUGAAUCUCAGUUUGGCUUUGGAUGGGAAGAGCUGAAGGAGGAGAUGGUGCGGCGGGCCGAGACCGAUGUGGUGGGCCAGGGCUGGCUGUUCCUUGUCGAGAACGGGCACAAGGAGCUGCAAAUCCUGACGCUACAGAAUCACGGCUCGCCAUACUACUUUGCCCGUGGCCAGGCCUUUGACCUCAACAGCCCCAUUACGACCGAGAUCGCUGCCCAGCUGCAGACCAUGCGCGAGGCUGUGGACGCAGGCAACGAUGAGGACUGGACCAUGCCGUUGAUUGCCGUGAGUCUCUGGGACCACGCCUACUUACGGGACUACGGCGUCAAGGGACGGUCCGCUUAUGUCCGCGCCGUCCUAGACAACCUCAACUGGACCGUCAUCAACAAGCGGGUAUACACAGGACCAUGA